AUGGUGGGCAACAAGCACAAGAAUGGCAUCAUUUGCACGUUCCCGAACUGCAACAAGCCCAUGCGCACGCAGAAAUUCAAGAUGCACUUCACAAGGAUGCACUUAAAAGAUGGCGAGGUCUACUCGGUAAAGCAUCGGCGGCAGUACGAAGUGGCUAGAGAGGAGAACGCUCGUAGCUCUGUGAAGCACGAACUUGUUACUGCAGUACCCGCGACGCCGUCGGUCAUGUUGAUGGCUGGUAGAAAACCCUCCUGCGUCGUGAGCGCGAGCUCAGCUACUGAGUCAUUACGUGAAAACGCUCAGACGUCUCAAGCAAAGCAAGAAACUUCGAUACAGAGCCAGCAAGUUGAGUUGACAUCGCAAGCAGAAUCGUCCACUACCAAGAGUGAAGAAAAUACUGCCAACAUUAGUGCCCAUCCUCUUCAUUACCUCCCAAUGUCCGGAAAUGUUCCAUUGUCAGGUGAUCAUACUAGCGGCAGAAAGCGCUCAGCAUCGGCGGUGGAGGCCUCCGUUGAAACCGUAGAUCCAACGAGCGUGCUACUAUUGCAGUUCAUUGCACUGAUGGACCAACGGUUUCAGGAGCUUGUUGGUAAGAUGGGCGAAAUGAUUGACGUACAGAAGACCCUGAUUGAUACAUUGCAGGCUAGAAAUCCACACGGUCAGGCGCCAACGUCAGCCGCUUCGCAUGCCGUCGAUGUGGUUUUGAAAAGAAGCAAGAAAGACACGAGCCCUCGUAGUGAUAAUAAUGGUGUUGAAGACGUCAAUGGCAGCAGUAAUACCGACACUGACGCUGAUGGACCUAGCAGCGGCUUUGUGUUGUAG